AUGGUUCGUGACUUCGUCAGAUUCGGUCCAAAUGCCUUGUCUUUCAACACUCACACUGGCCUUGAAACCAUCUAUGCAGUCAGAGCCAAUGUCGUCAAAUCCGAAGGGUAUAGCUCAUUGAGCGCCAGUCGACAAACACCGAACACACUAACUGUUACCGAUAAGGCCAAUCAUGGCUUCAGGCGGCGUAUCCUAGCUCAGGUGUUUUCCACCGAAGGAAUCAAAGCCAUCGAAGAGCGUCUUCUCAUUAACGUUCGUGACUUUGUGAAUCUACUUGGACAACCAGGAGAUGAGUUCGGGAACAUUAAACCUGGAGUGGACUCUAAAAAUGGCAACGGAUGGACGAGCACAAAACAUCUUGCCCCGAUGUGUGAUUGGGUUACAUUUGAUGUGAUCAGUGACCUUUGCUAUGGGAAUGACUUCAAUAUGCUGCAUUUACCUGACAUGCGGUGGUUUCCAUCUGUGGUGCUGAAGAUCACACAGCGCGGUAUGACGAAUCUUGUGCAACCAAAGUUUUGCAAUUUGAAAAUCGAUCGAUUCUUCAUGUCAUCUAAAUUCAAUGACAUCGUCAAUGCAGGAGCUAGGAUUCGUGAACGAACCCUAGCCCGCAUACACAUGGGCAACGACAUUGAAAAGAAGGAUUUAUUCUAUGCUAUGAUGAACACAGCAGAUCCUAAAACUGGCACACACUUCACGAAUAAGGAUCUGUGGGUGGAAUCCAUGCUACUGAUGACUGCCGGCGCCGAUACCACAGCAACAGCAAUGGCUGGUACAUUUUUCUUCUUAGCCCACAAACCCAAGUUGCUCGCGCGCUUGAUACGUGAGAUUCGCACCACUUUCGCCGACGAAGAACAUAUCCACACAGGAGCGCAGCUUAACUCUUGUGGGUUUCUCCAAGCGUGUAUUAACGAAACACUUCGGCUCGCGCCAUCUGUUGCUGUCACUAUCCCACGUACGGUGCUUGAAGGCGGCAUGAUAGUGGACGAGGAAUUCCUUCCUGCGGGGACCAUGGUUGGCACAACAACAUAUGCAAUUCAACGAAACCCAAACUAUUUCACUAAGCCUGAUGAAUUUUAUCCAGAGAGGUGGAUCGUCGAUUCCGAGACUGGAAUAGAUGAGGAAAGUAUCAGAAUCGCUAAUCAGGCGUUUUGUCCCUUCAGUGUUGGGGCGCGCUCUUGUGUAGGGUGGAAGCUUGCUUGGACCGAACUGAAUGUAACUAUCGCGCGAACAUUGUUUCGAUAUGAUAUGCGAUUAUCUGAAGAUGCUCGGUGCUGUGGCAGAAAGCGUGACGACUGUGACUUUCGAUUGAAAGGGUGGGUGACUUCAGCAGUAGAAGGCCCUUGGGUGCAGUUCAGACCUCGAAUUUGA